AUGUAUGUCAAACAAUUAUUUCUCAUUACGCUGCUCGCGUUCGUCGUGUUAAGACCAGUGGCAAGUGUGAGCCUCGAACAGAUGGAGAAAAUGGCGAUGAACUUGCGAAAGUCGUGCUUGAAAAAGAUCGACACGACAGAAGCAUUGGUGGAUGGGUUCAGACGCGGUGAAUUCCCUGACGACUACAACCUCAUGUGCUAUACGACCUGUAUCAUGAAGUUAUUACGAACUUUUAAAAAUGAAAAAAUGGAUUUCGACAUGAUGAUUAAACAAGUGGAGCUCAGCAUGCCACCGGAAAAUCUACCUUCCGUAAUUGAUGCCAUAAACAAGUGCCGUCACGUAGAAUACACCGGCGACGAGUGCCAGAAAACGUAUCAGUUUGUGCAAUGCUACUACAAGCAGGAUCCUACAUACUUUGCAUUCCCAUGA